UUUGAGUGCGAACCUGUUUGUCCACGCGCGGUGGCGUCAAGGGGGGCGGGUGGGCGAUCGUUUGCGUAAACGCCAGGUAUAAAAGGUAUAACGCCCGUCCGUCUCCAUCACUUGCGCGACUCUCCUGUCAGAAAACGCCGUGCCUUCGUUCAGCCGCCUCUCAUCCAGCAGAAAGUCAUGCCUUCAAACACCGCCGCCAGCAUGUUCGGUGGAGCCGGGGGAAGGGGCUCCAGGGCGUCCGUGGCGACCCUGGAGGGGCUGCGCAAUGUGCUGCGCAGCGAGCCGGAGAGAAACGCCGGGCCCGUCGCUCCAGCGGCACGCGUCGAAGCCGACCACGCGCCCGCUCCCGCCUCCGCCGCCGCCCCCGCUGCCCCCGUGGACGACAAGCACACUAUGCAGCGUCUGAACGACCGGCUGUCCGGGUACCUGGGCCGGGUGGGGCAGCUGGAGAGGGAGAACGAAGAGCUGGCAAAGGAGAUCGAUGAUAUUUUGGCUAACAGGAAAGCCGCUGAUGGACGCAACUGGGAUGAGGUUGAGAAACCCCUGAAUGAUCUCAAGAAGGAGAUGAAAGACAUCGCCAAGGACAACGGCAAGCUCCUGCUCCAGAUCGAAAACAGCAAACUGGCUAACGCAGACUUCAAGAAAAAGCUGAACGAUGAGAUAACUGCAAAGAAAGAAUUAGAAAAAGAAAUAGCGGCGCUGAAGGACACCAUUGAAGACACCAAGGUGAACCAUGCGCAGAUACAGAAGGAGAUCGAUCUGUUGAAGGAGGAGCUCACUCGUCUCGAGAAUGAACACAAAGAUGACGUGGAGGUCCUGCUCAAGAAGAUCAAGAACUCCGAGGUAAAGGUGGAGAUUGAGUCCUCGGGCUCGGACCUCAGUGAAAUUGUUAACAAGAUUCGCAUCCAGUACGAAAAGAUAUCCGAGAAGAACAUGAAGGAAAACAAUGAUUGGUACCAAAGCAAGUUUGAAAACCUCAAAGUGGUGGUGGACAAAAAUGACGGGGACUGGAAUUCUGCAAAGUCAGAGCUCAAGGAACUGUUGACGCAGAAAAGAUCAGUGGAGCUUAAGAUCCAGGGUAUUCAAAGCAAGAUUAACCAACUGGAAGAAGCCCUGAGCAAGACCAGAGAGGAAAACAAUCAGCGCCUGAGCCCUCUCAACCAGGUAAUACUGCGCCUGGAGGCGGAGCUAAGGGAUGUCAGGGCCCAGCUGGAGCGCCACAUGAAAAACAACAUCCACCUCCUGGGUGUGAAGAUGCAGCUGGAGGACGAAAUGAACAAGUACCAUCGCCUGAUGCAUGACAUCACUGCGGAGCCCGAGAGUGUGGAGUUGUCUUUAGAAGAUGCGCUGCAGAGCGAACACCAAGUGCCUAAUCAGAAGAAGGAAGAGGCGAAAGAAGCAGCUCCGGUGAAGGAAUAAAGCUCUUCCUCAGACAAAUCUGCGCCCCCCCAAAGCGCCUAAAGCAGAAAAACCUUUUCCUUAAUAUGCAACAUCAAUUCCUCUCCUACCUCAUCGCCCUCCUCCUAUGACGAUGAAGAUAAAAAGAAAAGGCCCCGAUGCUAGAAAGCUUUCCCGUGUCAAACUCUUUCCUCCUGCCGCUGUCUAACCUGUAAAUCUACUGUGGGUAAAUAAAGGAUUCUAAAAACAAAGU